CACCUCACAGGCUGCGCAGUUACUCCCCCUCUGCGCUUCGGAGAACACUUGUCGAGAGACGCUACUAGGAUGUCCGCGGCUCUGCGCGCUCAGCUACUCCUCUGUCUUGUUUCCCUGCUGUCAGGGACCGGACUCACUCGUUACAUCGAGGACAACGAGGCUUCAGAUGGAUUGUAUUCUCUGAUCAGUUUGGCCCAAAAAAGGGAAUCAGAGGAUUUUAUUUUCCGCCGACCUCUCAGAUGCUUGGACAUGUUGGCAACUGAAGGCUAUUUCACAUUUGUGGCGUCCCGGCCACAGCUGGCGUGUGCUGCCUUCAUCAUCGCUGAACCCAGUGAGGUCAUCAGUCUGGAGCUCUCUGACGUCAGCAUCGACUGCAGUGCUGGAGACUUCAUAAAGAUUUUUGACGGCUGGGUUCUGAAGGGCGAGAAGUUCCCCAGCAGCUAUGAUCACCCUCUCCUCCCACACGAGCGCUACACGGACUACUGCUCCUCUGCUGCAUCGACGGUCUCCAGUCGAUCCUCCCAGAAUGUUGCCAUGAUCUUCUUUCGCAUUCACAGCCCUGAGAGCAGCUUCACCAUCGCUGUCAAAAAAGUGCACAACCCUUUCCCCUGCAACAUCAUGUCUCAGAGUCCAGAGGGCAGUUUCACCAUGGUGAUGCCGCAUCAGCGCCGCAACUGCAGCUUUUCCAUCAUCUACCCAGUGGAGAUCCGAGUGACAGAUCUCAGCUUAGGAGAUGCCAAAAGCAAUGAGAUCAGCCUGCUCAGACAGAUAUGGCCAGGCUGUUCAGGAUCUGGUGACUAUGUGGAGCUGCUGGGAGGAAACGGCGUGGACACCUCCAAGAUGUUCCCUGUAGCAGACCUGUGUUUCUCCCUCAGUGGCCUUGCCCAGAUGAAGAUUGGCUGUGAUAACUCUGUGGUGAGGCUGGUCUCCAGUGGGAACUACAUUAAUCGUGUUACCUUCCAAUACCGACUACUGGAUCAAAAUGAGAUUCCCAAAACCCGAGAGAACACUCUGGAAAACUUCUGCUCUGUGGAAUGAAAUGCACAACCGCAAAAGAAAACAACUGUGAGCUUUCAGGAAGACAGUAAUGGUUUAUCCAACUUCUCUGUGAAAAACAACAUGUGCACACAAUUGCACUGUUUAACUCAUACUUUCAGUAAAUAGUUACCAUUGUAUUUUACGAAUAUUUUAGUCAGUGAUGUAAUCAUGCUUGCUUUAAUAAUAAGCUAUUUAUUCUAAUAUAUAAAAUUUUUCUUAAUUUGUUGAAUCAUUCUGGAUUUUAUUGUUUGAUAUUCAGUAAAAUGACAAAAUGUGUGACACAUAUACAGGUAGAUAUCUUAAUUUUGGUUGCUCUUAAAUAGCAUUUGUUGUUUUUUAAUAUUUCACUUAUUUCUUCUGUUUUUAUUGGACUGACAAUUUGAAAAUAAAUAUGACUUGCAUGAUAAA